AUGGAUCCAUUACUGGUAAAUGCUAAGAAAGAAGAAGAAGAAGAAGAAGAACAAGAAGAAAAGAAGAUAAGAUGGGAGAAGCUGAAGAAGGUGGCUUUAAUGGCGGCUCCGAUGGUGGUCGUAAACAUAUCUCAAUACCUUAUUCAGGCCACUUCUACGAUGAUCGUUGGCCACAAAAGUGAGAUCUCUCUCGCUGGAAUCGCUCUCGCCAGCUCCAUCGCGAACGUAACCGGCUUCAGUCUCCUCUUUGGACUAGCGGGUGCGUUAGAAACAUUAUGUGGUCAAGCCUUUGGAGCUCGUCAGUACGAGAAGCUCGGUUCCUAUACUUUCACUUCCAUCAUUUCUCUCCUCAUAAUCUGUUUUCCAAUCUCUCUUCUAUGGAUUUUCGUGAAAAACAUUUUGUUAUUGUUUCACCAAGACCCUGAAAUAUCAGAGAUAGCUUCUGUUUACUGCCUUUGGCUCAUACCAGCUUUAUUCGGUUACGCCGUUCUUCAGUCGUUUAUUCGCUAUUUCCAAACACAAAGUUUGAUUUUCCCAAUGCUUUUCUCUUCUUUCACCGUUUUAUGUUUCCACAUACCGGUUUGUUGGGUUUUAGUUUACACUCUAGGGCUUGGAACCAAAGGUGCAGCUUUAUCUAUUAGCAUUUCGUAUUGGCUCAACGCGGGUUUCCUCUGGUUUUUCAUGAGACAUUCUCAACUUUGCAAAGGCAAACGUGUUUUAAUAUCGAUGGAGGCGUUUGCUCACAUGAGGAUCUUCUUCUCCUUAGCUAUUCCUUCUGCUAUGAUGAUUAGUCUUGAAUGGUCGGCUUUCGAGAUUAUGAUUCUUAUCUCUGGAGUCUUACCAAACUCAAAGUUAGAGACAUCUGUGAUUACCAUGUGUUUGGUAACCUCAUCUGUGCACUACAACUUCGUAGCUUCGAUCGGUGCUGCAACAAGCACGAACGUGGCGAAUGAAAUAGGAGCUGGAAACUCAGUUGCAGCUAAACUUUCUACAAGUGUUGCAAUGAUUAUUGCAGUUUGCGAGUCUCUCGUCACAAGCUCAUCUUUGUUGUUUGCAAGCCAUGUUUGGGGCUAUGCUUAUAGUAAUGAACCUGAAGUGAUUAGUUAUGCCGCAGAAAUCACACCUUUUCUUUGCAUGUCCAUGGUUAUGGACAGCAUGUCUGGCGCACUAAACGGGGUUGUGAGAGGAAGUGGUAAACAGAAUAUUGGUGCUUAUGUGAAUAUCGCUGCGUUUUACAUCGUUGGGAUUCCAACUGGACUACUCUUUUGCUUUGUAUUUGACUUCAAAGUGAAAGGUCUAUGGAUUGGUAUUAUCUCUGGAUGCACUACGCAAACUCUCACUUUACUUCUCAUUACCACUCUCAUCGAUUGGACCAGUGAGGUGGUUAAGGCCAGAGAUAAAAGGAGACUGAUGGAUGGCCCAAUAGUUGCUUGA